AUGAACUAUGAUCCAUCUCUCUUGACCCAGACGCAGGAUCCCGUAGCCUUAGAAAUGGCUGCAUUAGAAAGAGGGGCAUAUGAUCAAGAGGAUCCCUCAUACAUGAGCAAGGAAGACUUCGGAAUUAUAACUACCACUCAAGAAGGAAUUCUGAAUACCAUGCAAGUCAUGAGCAAUGAAAUUGCUAAUCAUACCGACGUCAUCUUGAAAAAACUUCAAAAAGGAAUUCUGGAUAUCCUCGAAGGGCCUUAUACUACUCACAAUGUUUCCAAUAACCUUAAGCUAAAAAUAGCUAACGGCGAGUAUGUUAACUUGGGUCUUUUAGUUGAUCGCACUUAUGAAUCUGAUCCUAAUGACGAUACAAAAUACUUCUCUAUGCAAGGUGGCAACAUUACCUUGUCAUCCAAAUACAAACCCACGGUUAUUGCAGAUAUUCAGGUAUGGACUGAUGCAUUUCUGGUCUAUGCCUCUAUAUAUGUCCUAGCACACCCUGAGUGCAGUACAGCUUUAUUCAAAUAUAUGCAUACUAUCAGGCUAGGGGCUAGUCGUGCAAAAGCUCUCGGCUGGAGAGAUUAUGACAUCCAAUUCCGUUUGAAAAAAGAAUGUAAUCCAAAUAUGUCAUUUGCUGUUGUUGACCAAGAGUUGUGGCUUUUAUAUAUGUACAGCCCUCUGGCUGUUCAAGGGUCUGUUACACAAAACAUCCCCCUUAGAUGUUAUGAAUUCAAUUAUAAAGGUCAAUGCAACAAAAGUGUAUGUCAAUACAAGCAUGAGUGCAUUUUGUGUUCUUUAAAUCACCCCUAUAUCAAAUGCAGACGCAGUUCAGGCUCUGAUUCAACUUACAGGCCAAACAGCGUUUCAACAUCCUGGCGCCCUCAGUUACCUAGAAUGCAGUCAACCACGUCCACCUAUGCUAGACCUGCCCUACCUCAGCGUCCCAGAGCCCCCCAAGCAACCCACCAAUUUAGACCUUAGCACCAUUGCUCACUCUCCGGUUAAUGUCCUAAACUUAAGUAAAUAUCUCGCUCACUAUCCAGAUCAACUAGCUGCUUUUGAAUUAUUACAGGGUUUUACAUAUGGGUUUAAGCUUGGGUACCAGGGUCCACGGGUUGCAUCAGACGCUAAAAACCUUAAAUCUUUGUACUGUUUGCAGCGUGAAGCUAUGCAGGCCGUCAACAAGGAACUCAUUUUGGGGAGGGUUGCAGGCCCCUUUCUGUUUUCACCACUUCCUAAUCUAAGGUUGUCACCGGUGGGCAUGGUACCUAAAAAGAUGGCUCAUUUCGACUCAUUCACCACCUAUCAUACCCAUCUGGAUCUAGUGUUAAUGACUUUAUUGACAAAAGUUUGUGUUCAGUCAAAUAUUCCUCUUUUGAUGAAGCCCAUUGUAUGUUAGCUAAUCUGGGUCCCGGGGCACAAAUAUCUCGCCUUGAUAUUAAAAGUGCCUUUAGAUUGCUACCGAUUCACAUGUCUGAAUUUGAGUUGUUAGGUUUUAAGAUACAGGACAUGAUUUUUAUUGACAAGUGUUUACCAUUUGGCUGCUCUGUUAGCUGUGCUACGUUCGAGAAAUUUUCAACAUUUUUAGAAUGGGUAUUUAGGGACAGAUCAAGUUGUGACAACAUAGUGCAUUAUUUGGAUGAUUUUUUACUAGCUGGAAAAGCUAGAUCACAGGACUGUGCCUAUCUGAUGGGUGUUUUUAGGGAAAUUUGUACAGAGUUAGGAGUCCCGUUAGCUGAAGACAAAACUCUUGGUCCCGCAAACUGUCUAGUGUAUCUUGGCUUAGAAAUUAACACAUCUAGUAUGACUGUUAAGAUCCCCUCGGACAAAAUUCAGCAGUUAAAGUUCAAGUUGUUGCAUAUUUUACAAAGACACAAAGUAACUUUACUAGAACUUCAAGAAUUAACUGGGUUGCUGAACUUCUGUAUUCGUGCUAUCCCAGCUGGUAGGGCAUUUGUUAGAAGGUUGAAUGAUGCA